UUUUUGGCAGGCCAGCCUUCCAUCACCAAGUACCAAGUCCCAGGAGAGGAGAAAGAUAGCAACUCCAACCACAAGUGUCUGCUCAGGACACAGCUUCAGUCCUUCGUGGUCCCGUCUCCCGAGGGCUCCGGGACCUCGGGACUCGUUACUUUCAUUCAAGACCCUACAAGGACAUAACGAGGCCCUGGGAAUCCCCCUGAGACCCACUUGAGCAUGACCCGGGAUGAGGCCCUCCCUGACUCCCAUUCUGCACAGAGCUUCUAUGAGCACUAUGAACCCAAGGAGAUCUUGGGCAGGGGGGUCAGCAGCGUGGUCAGGCGCUGUAUCCACAAACCUACAUGCCAGGAAUAUGCAGUGAAAAUCAUCGACAUCACAGGCGGAGGCAGCUUCAGCUCGGAGGAGGUGCAGGAGCUCCGGGAAGCCACACUGAAGGAGGUGGACAUCCUGCAGAAGGUCUCGGGACACCCCAACAUCAUACAGCUGAAGGACACUUACGAGACCAACACUUUCUUCUUCUUGGUAUUUGACCUGAUGAAGAGAGGGGAACUCUUUGACUACCUCACUGAGAAAGUCACCUUGACUGAGAAGGAAACCAGAAAGAUCAUGCGGGCCCUGCUGGAGGUGAUCAGCACCCUGCACAAACUCAACAUUGUCCAUCGGGACCUGAAGCCGGAGAACAUCCUUCUAGAUGAUGACAUGAACAUCAAGCUCACAGACUUCGGGUUUUCCUGCCAGCUGCAGCCGGGAGAGAGGCUCCGAGAGGUCUGUGGGACCCCCAGUUAUCUGGCCCCCGAAAUCAUCCAGUGUUCCAUGGACGACAGCCAUCCUGGCUACGGGAAGGAGGUGGACAUGUGGAGCACUGGGGUCAUCAUGUACACGCUGCUGGCUGGCUCCCCACCCUUCUGGCACCGGAAGCAGAUGCUGAUGUUAAGGAUGAUCGUGGAUGGCAAAUACCAGUUUGGCUCGCCAGAAUGGGAUGACUACUCAGACACAGUGAAAGACUUGGUGUCUCGCUUCUUGGUGGUGAAACCCCAGGACCGCUGCUCAGCAGAAGAGGCCCUGGCGCAUCCUUUCUUCCAGCAGUACGUGGUGGAGGAAGUGCGACACUUCAGUCCCCGGGGGAAGUUCAAGGUGAUCUGUCUAACCGUGCUGGCCUCGGUAAAGAUCUACUACCAGUACCGUCGGGUGAAGCCGGUAACCAGGGAGAUCGUCAUCCGGGACCCCUAUGCCCUGAGGCCCCUGCGGAGGCUCAUCGACGCCUACGCUUUCCGAAUAUACGGCCACUGGGUGAAGAAAGGUCAGCAGCAGAAUCGGGCUGCCCUCUUCGAGAACACACCCAAGGCAGUGCUCCUCUCCUUGGCCGAGGAGGACGACUUCUGAGGGGGUAGCAGGGCGGGGGGGGGGGGAGGCAGAGAGCGGACACCCCCAGAACUGUGGGGCGUCCCCAAAUAGGCCUCUGUGUGGGAGCAGGUGGCCCUACCCUGUGCUCCCCACUAGAAGCGCAGGGCGUUCCCAUUAAACAGCAGUAAUUACAGGGGGCUGGGGGCGACGGCGCACGCCUGUUGACUGACCCCAGGUUCCGGGCCAGCCUGGGCAGCUUAGUGAUGAAUGUUUCAAAUUAAAAACAGGGCUGGGGAUGUAACUCCGCGGUGAGUGUAAGGCCCCGAGUUCAAUCUACGGCAUGACAAACAAAUAAAUAAUAAAUAAAUAAGUAAACAAACAAAUCAAUCAAUCCAGCACAGCUGAGGCCGUGUCAGGCAGGAAUGGAAGGACAAGAGCACGUGUGCACUAGGAGCUACCAGCCGUCUGGCUUCUCUGCUGUGCACCUUUCUCACGGUCUUGGUCUUGGGUUCUUUGUCUUUUGUUUUGUUCUGUUU